AUGGCCCGCGUCUUCGCACUAACAGCACUGUUGGCGACGGCUCUCCUGGCCUCCAGUGCUAACGCCAAAACCCCCAACUAUUUCGUGGCGGCGGAAGCUCCGGACUACAACAACAACGCGGUCGCUAGUCUGCUGGCCAACGUGAACUCGGUGCGCAAGCCCGGCGAGGCCUACGCUGUCUUCGACUGGGACAACUCGGCAAUGUUCGGAGACGUAUCGGCCACGACGAUGUUCUACCAGGUGGACAACCUCAACUUCCGCUUCUCGCCGGACGAGUUCAAGUCCAUCUUCGCGCUGGGUUACGACGUCAGCAGCAGCGACAAGUGCUUCCCCGAUGGAACCAACUCAGUCAUCGGCAAGGACGUCAACGGCGCCGGCGUGAAAUUCGCCACUGUUCUCACUGACGCUGCCAAAGACUACAAGGUGCUGUACGACGCCUACAUCGCCCCCACGUACAAAUUGGGGGGCACCACCGCCACCGCCAGCACCACGCUCGCUGACAUCAAGAAGACGACGGAGUUCCUCAACUUCCGAGCCAAGCUCGGAUUUCUGCUCUACAGUCUGCAGCUCAUGAACGGCGGCGACGACCACUCCGAGUGCUCGUUGAUCAACGCAAUGGUCGUGUACCCGCGUCUCUUCGUUGGCAUGACCGAAACGGAGAUCAAAGCGUUCGCUCGUGAAAGCCUCCGAUGGAACUUGGCCCAGUCGCUCGAAUCCUUGUCGUACACGUCAACGGGGAGCGUGGCAGUCAAGGCGUCCUACUCCAAGGGGCUGCGCGUCUUCGGUGGCCAAGAGACAACUAUCCGUGCUCUCUGUAAGGCUGGUGUGGCGGUGUACGUCAUCAGUGGAUCGCCCGAAAUCCUCGUGGCUGAGGCUGCCAACCUCGCCGGACUCGGAUACCUGAUGCCGCGAACCAACGUGUACGGCGGUCGCUUCACGACCGACUCCAAGGGCCUGUUCACUGGCGAGCUCCUGGCCAACUACCCGACCACGUGGGGCCCAGGCAAGGCCACCAUCGUCAAGAACAUUCUGAUGAAGAAGCACAAGGGCGCGGCGCCGAUUUACUCGACCGGCGACUCGGACGGAGACUGCGAGGCGCUCAACACUGUGCGCGACGGCAUCGUCCACAUCAACAACCGCCUCAAGGAGAACACGACGUGCAUCUACGGCUUCUACGAGAAGGCCUGCCACUACUUCGGCACGGCGGAGCCUGCCACGCGGAACAUGUACCUGCUGCAGGGCCAAGACAGGGCCAUCGGCAUGUGGGUCAACUCCGGCUUUACCACCAAGGAUGGCGUCACCUUCACGUCCGGCGUUUCCACCAACAACGGGUGCGCUGCGUACAAAUUCCUCAACCAGUAA